AUGCCUGAUACAGUGAAAGCACCGAAGAAGGGCUCCAAGAAAGCCGUCUCUAAAGCCACCAAGAGCGGCAAGAAGAGGAAGAGGAGCAGGAAGGAGAGCUACGCCAUCUACGUGUACAAGGUCCUGAAGCAGGUCCACCCUGACACCGGGAUCUCCUCUAAGGCCAUGGGCAUCAUGAACUCGUUUGUGAGUGACAUCUUUGAGCGCAUCGCCGGGGAGGCCUCCCGUCUGGCUCACUACAACAAGCGCUCCACCAUCACCUCCAGGGAGAUCCAGACCGCCGUCCGCCUGCUGCUGCCCGGAGAGCUGGCCAAGCACGCCGUGUCUGAGGGCACCAAGGCCGUCACCAAGUACACCAGCUCCAAGUAAACCUGCUCUCAGUCUGGAAACCCAACCAAAAGUCCUUUUCAGGACCACCCACCAUUUACAAGAGCUCAAUCUCUCCAACUGCAUUAGCUGAUGAACAAUGAAAGGUUUUUCUUUA